UGGGCAUUAUUACUUCUACGCUCACAAAAAAACUUCAAUUGCCUACCUCUAUCUCUCUCUAAGAUUCUUGAUGGUAAAAGCAUAUAGACAAGAACAUGUCUACAAGCACCCAUGGGAGCGUGUAAGUGCUGCCUCAUGGAGGAAAUUUGCAGACCCCGAGAACAAACGCAUCCUCUCUCAUAUCCUCGAAGUCGACACCUUAAACCGGAAGCUAGACACUGACACUGGGAAACUCCACACCACUCGCGCCCUCACCAUCCACGCUCCUGGACCAUGGUUCCUUCACCGCAUCGUGGGACAGGACAUCUGUCACUGUGUUGAAUCAACAGUUGUAGAUGGCCAAUCACGUUCUAUGCAGCUCACAACAAAGAACAUUAGUCUACAAAAGUUUAUUGAAGUGGAGGAGAGGAUAAGGUAUGAUCCUCAUCCGGAGAAUCCAUCGGCAUGGACGGUUUGUAGCCAGGAGACAAGCAUUAGGAUCAAACCCUUGUCGGCUCUGGCCUCGAUGGCUGAGAAAGUUGAGCAGAAGUGCGCAGAGAAAUUCAUGCAGAAUAGCGUUAAAGGGCGAGAGGUUAUGGAGAGGAUUUGUAGGUAUAUGGAAGCAGAAUCAGCUCGUGUCUAAAGGAUCCAAACAAGAAGGGAACACUCAACAGAUUCCAGUUAUCUUGUUUUUUUUUUUUUAAUGUUUUGUAGUAAUUCAAAGACUACGUGUUGGAGUCAUGGUAAUAAUAAAUCCAUGAGACAGUUAAGAUCAAGCUUCUGUUUUUUUUUUCCUCCAGUUACUUCUCUUGUUUUUGUUAGCAACUCGAUGUUUAGCUGAGAAGCUUUCUGUCCAAUUUUUAAUCCAAUUUCAAACCGG